AUGGGGGAGAUUAUAAUAAUCGGCGUUUACUUCUCCCCUAACAGGCCACUACGUGAGUUUGAGGCUUACCUGGAGAGACUCGGGCGGGCUGUAGCUGGGGUGACUCCUUCCCCCAUUAUAGUCAUGGGGGACUUAAACGCCAAAUGCACUGCGUGGGGUUCCCCUAGGACUGAUCUUAGAGGAGAGGCUCUCCUGGACUGGCUUGUAGGGAUUGGUCUUGAGGUGGUCAACCGUGGAGCAGCUGACACUUGUGUGCGUGCACAAGGAGGGUCAAUUGUUGAUAUCACAUUGGCCUCCCCAACAGUGUCAGCAUGCAUUGCAAAUUGGCGUGUCCUAGAAGACACGGAGACCCUCUCCGAUCAUCUAUACAUCAGAAUGAGGGUCUCCAGAGCUCGGUCCCAACAGCCCAUACCAGCAAGGAGAACUGGGAGACUACCGAGAUGGAGCCUGGCCUCAUUGGACCGUGAAGCGGCCAGAGAGGCGGCCAUGGUGGAGGCCAGAUGGGGUCGGCAAACACCCGAGGUCGACGGCGUAGACAACAUGGCCCUCGGCUUGCGAGCUUCUCUCACGAGGACCUGUGAUGCCUCAAUGAGAAGAGUGGGGCCUCUUAAAAGGAAAAAGGCUGCGUAUUGGUGGUGUCCAGAAGUAGCUGCUCUCUGGGUAACAAGCAAUGCGGCGCGACGGCAAUUUUCGCGCUGCCGGAGGAGGAGGCACACGCAGGAGGAACUGGAUACCCAUUACGUAGCGCUAAGCGAGGCCAAGAAGGCCUUGAAUCUUGCCAUUGCCAAAGCAAAAGAUUCGGCGUACACGGCCUUUUUGGCCUCACUAGAUGAGAACCCAUGGGGGCGGCCCUACAAACUUGUAAGGAAAAAGCUACGCCGGGCUGCUCCCAUGGAUACGAUGGAAAUGGGGACACUCCAAAAUAUCUUAGAAGGAUUGUUCCCUGCAGCCCCAGUUUUUAACCCACCUGCAAUGGUGGUUCCCAGAGAGGAGCUGCCAAUUGACCCUGAGACGGUACCCUUGUAA